CAACUGUUUGUCAAAUUCAUAUUUUUCCACUUAUUAAGUAAUAUUAUUUGAACGCAGAACACACCGUGUGCAUAGCUGUGUGGGUGCACUGACACUAGCUACAGAAUGUAUGCAUUGUUUACGUAAUCAAAGAUACUCGUUUUUAAGUUUCCCUCGAGUAGGCCUACAUAAGUGGUAGGAAAACAUCGACUAUUUUUUUUUUACAAAUCUGUUUCUACAUUAUCGAUAUCAUCACGCAUUCCAGAAAAUAAAGGACUGUUCAUUUCUUCGAUUGAUUUCAGUGUUAACCAACCAAAGAUGAGUUAGCAUAUUUUGAUAACCAAUGGAACGUGAGCAGACGAUGGCGUUUCAGCACACCGGUUGGCCACAGAAAAGUACGAUAUGGUACUUCAUGAGUAGGGAAUUUGUCCACCUGGAGACCCAAUCACCAGUUCCCAAAUGAAGGGGGACGUUGACACUGAUCUUGGACCAUUUUCAGAGGACCCUCAGUCCAUUUCUGACCCUUGCCCAAAGGCUUCCAGCAGUCUGAUCUCUGAACACGAGUUCUUGUGUCACUGCUGUUAUGAAAUCCUAGUCAGCCCAACAACACUGAACUGUGGGCACAGUUUUUGCCGACACUGCCUUGCCCUCUGGUGGGAAUCUUCGAGGAAGAAUGAAUGUCCGGAAUGCCGAGAGAAAUGGGAGGGCUUUCCCAAAGUCAAUAUUCUUCUGAGGGAUGCAGUUGAGAAAUUUUUCUCUGAAGUGGUGCAUAGAAGGAAGGAGGAGAUUCAGACCAAUCCCAAAAUAGCCCAGAGUCUUCUUGCCUUCCAGAGGUAUGGGGAUGAGCAGGCAUCUCGAGGGGCGUUGUCAACUGGCCAGCGAAGAGGUGGAGGAGGAUUUUUCUCUGGAGUUCUUACUGCACUCACUUGUGUGGCAGUUAUGUUCUUGGUGUAUCAUUGGAGCAGCCGAGAGGCAGAGCAUGAUCUUCUAGUUCAUAAACCUGUAACAAAAUGGACUGCAAAAGAAGUUAUCUUUUGGCUGGAGAACUUGGGGCCCUGGGCCUCUCUAUACAAGGAAAAUUUCCUAAGAGAGCAAGUCAAUGGAAGACUUCUGAUCAUGUUGGGGGAUGAGGAGCUCUCGAGGCACCCAUACAGCAUUGAGAACCACACACACCGGAAGGCUGUGGUGGCGGAGCUGGAGAGGGUUAGAGCUCUUGGAGUGAAGCCACCUCAGAAUCUUUGGGAAUAUAAGGCAGUGAAUGCAGGUAAAUCCCUGUUCUUCCUCUACGCCCUGAAGAAUUCCCCUCGACUCACCAUUCUAUACCUCUACCUGUUCGAUUACGCGGAAACAUUCCUGCCUUUCCUGCACACCUGCUGCCCUGGGCAGAGGGUGGAGCAAGAGGACGAUGCCCUCUUCCCUAAAGCUGCACACGGUGACCCCACCUGGAAGCAGUGGACAGAGUUCCUGGUGAAGUACUUGCUGCUCCCGUACCAGCUGAUCGCUGAGUUUGCCUGGGACUGGCUGUCUGUUCACUACUGGACGGCGCGUUUCAUCAUCGUCAACGCCAUGCUCCUGUCCGUGCUGGAGGGCUGCGCUCUCUGGAGGCUGUGGGCGCGGUCAGAGCUAAGGACUCUCCCUCACAGAAUGUGGAGCCAUUUCUGGAAAGUGUCAACUCAAGGGUUUGCUGUUGCCAUAUUCUGGCCAGUCAUUCCUCAGUUUGUCUGCAACUGCUUGUUUUACUGGGCCUUAUACUUCAACCCCAUCAUAAACAUUGACCUUGUGGUUCAGCAACUGCUUCGUCCAGAAACUCAAGUGCCAUAAGAAAACUCGUGCUGGAGGUAUUCUGGUAAGGUUUAAUAAGAGAGCAACGCAAUGUGAAAUCAAUAUCAAAUUCCAAGUUCCCACUUGAUAUUUCUACUUGUGCCACAGUAGAAGAAAACGUGAUACAUCAAGUUUUUAUUGACUAGCUUCAACAUGUAACAUGCAAUGGCAGCUUUUAAAAUUAAGGUUUAAAGGAGUAAUUGAAUUUGUUGCUCACUGUUAGCUGAUAAAAUCAGUGGAGCAAGGAGUCCCCAGAAACUGUACACUUUGCUUCUUAAGAGUGUGGUUCUCAUGAGUUUAAGUUGAAAGUUCCCUGAGAUACAUGAAAGGCUACUGCUAAGCUCUUGGUUUGGGUUUCUGUUAUGAAAUGAGCAACAGUCUUUAUUUUAAGGGAAGGCAUAUUACACAUAACAAGGAUAUAUAUUUGCCUGGAAUGCUCAAUAUAAGUGUUAGUAUGACAGUUUUCGUAGCCCGUGUUGAAAACUAACUUAUCGCAAUAAGCAACAAAAGAUGAUGACUCAUCAUUGCGUUGAAUCCAUGCAAUAUUUUUAUUGUUUUUUAAAGCAUUAAGAAAAUACAUUGAGUUUUAGAAGUUUCUUUAACUGUCCAUGUUAAUUUUAUGCAAUUGUUCAGUGUAAAGGCCUAUCUUAUACUUGUUCCUGAAUGUCUACCAAAAGUUGCAAUUUCCAUUGUCUUUUGAAAUUGUUCAAGGGACGAUCAGAGGUUUUCUGUUAAUCAUAAAUGUUAAUUUUUUUUUUUGUUUUAACUUUUGAUUAUAUUUGCACUUAAAUACUGAUAUAACUGUGACUUAUUCAUGCACCUGGGUACUUUGUUUUCCAAAAUGAGUAAAAGUUUGAAAAUAUGAAUAAAAACUUGAAUUUUUAGAAAA